GCAAACAUGGCUCGACUCACAAUCUUGGCAGGGUUGUCCGUUUUGAUGUGCCUUCAAAUGGUGUCUUCUACCAAACUGGUGUGCUACUUCACCAACUGGUCCCAGUAUAGACCCGGUGCUGGCAAAUAUAUGCCCGCCAAUGUGGACCCCAACCUGUGCACGCAUAUGAUCUACGCCUUCUCAGUAGUCAGCCCCACCAAUGAGCUCAUGACGUACGAGUGGAACGACGACGUGCUUUACAAAGCCUUCAAUGACCUCAAGUACAGAAACCCUGAGCUGAAGACUCUGCUGGCUGUCGGCGGCUGGAACUUUGGAUCUACACAGUUCACCAUCAUGGUUUCGUCUUCCGCCAACCGCCAGACGUUCAUCCAGUCUUCUAUCGCAUUCUUGAGGCAGUAUGGCUUCGAUGGGCUGGAUGUGGACUGGGAAUUUCCUGGAGCACGAGGAAGCCCACCAGAGGACAGGAAAAGGUUCACAGUGCUCCUCCAGGAAUUCCUCGCUGCCUUUGAAAAGGAAGCCGCAGAGACAGGAAGACCACGCCUGCUGCUCACAGCUGCAGUGGCUGCCGGGAAGGGAAACAUUGACAACGGUUAUGAGAUUGCUGCUGUGGCAAAUUUGCUGGACUUUGUCAAUGUCAUGACCUACGACUUCCAUGGAGCGUGGGAUCCAUUCACCGGUCACAACAGCCCCUUGUACCGCGGCUCUACCGAUCAGGACGAAAACAUCUACUACAAUGUGGACUUUGCUAUGAAUUACUGGAAACAACAAGGAGCCCCUGUUGAAAAGCUCCUGAUUGGUUUUCCCACAUAUGGACGCACAUUUCGCACAACAGGAGGUAAUGGUGUUGGAGAUGCAACCAGUGGACCGGCCUCUUCUGGCCCCUACACCCGGGAAGCUGGGUUUUGGUCCUACUAUGAGAUUUGCAGUUUCAUCCAAGGAGGCAACGUACACUGGAUUGAGGAGCAACAGGCUCCCUAUGCCGUUAAAGGUGACGAGUGGGUCGGUUUUGAUAACAAGCAGAGCUAUAAAAUCAAGGCACAGUAUCUGAAAGACAACGGAUUCGGAGGAGCGUUCGUCUGGUCUCUGGAUCUGGAUGAUUUUGCUGGACAGUUCUGCGGACAAGGAGCAUAUCCUCUUAUUACUUAUUUGCGCACUCUGCUGAAUUCAGAUUUCCCAGUAGCUGAAACUGCAUGGCCAGAAUUCAAUCACACUUGGGUCACCACGCCGGAAGCCAUCCAAACGUCCUACAUGCCUGUUGAUCCUGGUGUUACUGAUGUUACUGAUGAUGUCGAUACCCACUACACUACCAGAACCACCACGAGAACUACCACAACUGCUGCUUCUGGAAGUGGUUUCUGCAAGGGAAAGCCUGACGGCCUCUACAUAUAUGACAAGGACCCACAUUCUUAUUACCAUUGCUCCAAUGGUAACACAUACAUCAAGACAUGCCCAUCAAACCUUGUUUACAAUGACAGAUGUAAAUGCUGUGUCUAUGCUUAA